GUUAGCAUAGUGGGAGGGAUAGAGAGAGAGAGCGAGAGAGAGAGGAAGGCACGCUGGCUAGACCCUUUUUCCAUAUUAGCAUACGGGGGUCUUUUGGCGUGACUUGCGCUCCGUUCUGCUUUUCUCCAAGUUAUUUUCAUGUCAACGACAAGACUUACUCCAAACAUUGCUUUUCAAAACAGUUGGAGAAAUGUCCGUUUUUAUUCAUGGACUCAACGCGGACUUUAGCUAAAAUUGCCAGGAGACUGGUACGAGCUUGACUUCUUGCAGUCAACAUUCAGUUCGAGAGAGCAUGAAGUCAACUUUGGACUCUAUGGCGAUACUGAAGAUCGUGCUGUUCAUCUUGGAGGCUGUCUCGCUGGUCCACUGCGCGCGAGGACCACCUCGCGUGUCUGAGAAAGUGCUUCACCGACAGAUCGUCCGCCUCGGGAGUGCCGUCAAGCUGCCUUGCCCGGUGGAAGGAGACCCUCCUCCGAUCAUCAUGUGGACCAAAGACGGGCGCAACAUCCACAGCGGUUGGAUCCGUUUCCGCAUCCUGCGCAUGGGCCUGAAGGUCAAGGAAGUGGAGGCGGACGACACGGGAACGUACGUUUGCAAAGCUACUAACGGCUUCGGCAGCGUCAACAUCAACUACACCCUCAUCGUUAUCGAUGACUCGGGUUCUGAUAGGACCAGACCCGCUGUGUUUGACGGUGCCCAUUCAACGCACGGUUCUGACGUCUUGGCAGAAAAGCUCGUGCGCCCCCGCUUCACCCAGCCCGCCAAGAUGAGAAAGAGAGUGAUUGCCCGACCCGUGGGGAGCUCGGUACGCCUCAAAUGCACGGCCAGCGGGACGCCUCGGCCCGACAUCGUGUGGCUGAAGGACGAGCGUCCGCUGACCGGUCGAGAGGUCGGCGAGGGCCGCCAGAACAAGUGGACCCUGACACUUAAGAGCCUGACCCCCGAGCACAGCGGCAGAUACACCUGCAGGGUAUCCAAUCGGGCGGGAGAGAUCAACGCCACGUAUAAAGUGGAGGUCAUACAGAGGACCAACUCCAAACCGGUCCUGACGGGAACGCACCCGCUCAACACAACGGUGGACUACGGAGCCACCACGUCGUUCCAGUGCAAAGUGAGGAGCGACGUCAAGCCCGUUAUCCAGUGGCUGAAGCGCGUGGAGACUAACGAGGAGAGCCGCUACAACUCCACCAUUGAAGUGGGAGACCACCGCUUCGUUGUGCUGCCCACGGGGGAGGUGUGGUCGCGACCCGACGGCUCCUACCUCAACAAGCUGCUCAUUACCCGCGCCAAGGAGGAGGAUGCCGGCAUGUACAUCUGCUUAGGUGCCAACACCAUGGGGUACAGCUUCCGUAGCGCCUUCCUCACGGUGCUGCCAGUCACCAAGCCCCCCAUCACGCCCAUCUUUCCCGCGGCCUCCAGCUCGCUGCCCUGGCCGGUCAUCAUCGGCAUCCCCGCUGGAAUCGUCUUCAUCUUCGGCACUGUUCUUCUCUGGUUCUGCCAGAGUAGAAAGCAGUGCCCGCCGCCCAGCAGCGCUGCCGGCGCCGCGACCCCCAACCGGGUCCCGCCCUGCCGAGAGCGGGAACGUGGUUUUGCUGCGCCCCCGUCCGGCUCGUCCAGCCCGGACAAAGACUGCGUGAGCUCCGUUAACUACGAGGAGUACCUGGCGCAGCAGCAGCUUCUCCUCGGCCAGGGAGGCGCCGCUAAGAUCUAUCCCAAAAUCUACACUGACAUUCAUACGCACACGCACUCCCACGUGGACGGCAAAGUACACCAGCAUCAACACAUUCACUUCCAGUGUUAACGGAUCAAACUCUUCUCACGGCGGGACAUCGCCGGGGGAAAAUAAAACAACCCAAAUCGGCCAGUCCUCAGACAACGUGACAUUCGGCGCUGUGACUGUUCUUCUGUUUUUUUUUUUUGUUUUUGUUUUUGUGUGUCCACUAAAGAUCCAUCGGCCCUUGCCGCGCACUUAUUUUAAAAAGGACGAGGAGUUGCGUUUCGUGCAGCUGUUCGGGCCUCAUGAAAAAGGGCUUCUUCCGCAAAGCCUUUUGCCGGGAAACGGAGCUCGCGUUUCACCUUCUAUUUCGUCAGCUGUCAUCGUUCAGAAUGGUACCGGAGGUGCACAAAAGGGCUUUUUAAGUCGUACUCAGGUCGUCCUUUUGUCAAAGACGCGUCGCGUUUUUGGAAUACUGACCACUAUCGUUUUCUAUCAACUCAUUGGUCGCCAUUGACAGCACUCGACGUCCAAUCCAUUUGAAGAGGGAAGGUGGCAGCGAAUGAAUGUUCGUUCAAUCACUGCUAACCCUCCUACUUCAAAUGGAUUGCACGUCAACUUGUGGUGAACCUAUUUCAAUUUGAGGCAAAAUGAAAAGAGCCACAUGCUCAGUUAAAUGACACCGUCAGAAACAGAUUCAUACCAAGCCCCUAAAGAGACUUUGACAGAAAUAAAAUAGAUUUAAACUAUCUGAUGCGCACCAGAUAGUGUGUGGUGCGCACUGGAAACAAUCUGGUAAGCAUUAGCAUUAUAUAGCAUUUAAGCUAGCAGAAUUUUGCUCUGCAAGUUAGCCAAUUGUUCUUUUGUUGUACUUAGAUCCUCAUUUAUUUUAUUAUUUUUUAGGCUAAGUUCAGGCAGUUGAGUCCAAGAUUGAAAUAAAGCUUAACUAAAUCCUGUGUUAUCAUUUUUAGCACGCUGAAACUGCUGGUGUCCGAUGCGCUCCUGAGCUUAGCCUCAAACGAUAUGAAAAGAAUUAAUAAAUUAGGGUCUUACAUUAGAACAACUGGCCAACUUGCAUAGCAAUAAUCCGCUAGCUUAAAUGCUAUAUAAUGCUAAUGCUUACCAGACUUUUUAACCAAACUUUUACGAUGACAUAACACCAAGUAGAUUGUAUUGUAUUGCACUUGAAGGUGUUUCACUGUGAAUUAUAACCACAGUAACUAUCAAAUGAAUCAACAGAGCCCAUAAAGGGACAAUGACAGAAAUUACAUUUAAACUAUCUGGUGCGUGACAAACAAACCCAAAAAUAAAUUACUUUGAAAAACAAAGUUGAAAAAAAAAUUCAAAAAACAAACCCGAAAAAAAAUUAUUUUGAAAAACAAGGUUGGAAAAAAACAAAUUAAUUCAAAAAACAACUCCAAAAAUAAAUUAUUUUUAAAAACAAAGUCGGAAAAAAAAUUAAUUCAAAAAACAAACCCAGAAAUAAAUUAAUUAGAAAAACGAUGUUGAGGAAAAAAAAAUAAUUAAAAAAACAAACCCAAAAAUAAAUAAGAAAAACGGGGGGUUGAAAAAAAAAUUAAUUCAAAAAACAGCCCCAAAAAUAAAUUACUCAGAAAAACGGAGGGUUGAAAAAAAAUUAAUUCAAAAUACAGCCUCCCAUUUUUUUAUUUUUCAAGUGAAUGCAAUACGCUUCCGUAGGUGCGCACCAAAAUCAUUCAUUUAAACAUUAGCAUUAUGUAGCAUUUAAGCUAGCGGACUUUUAUUAUGAAGGUUAGCCAGUUGUUAUUUUGUAAUAUCCUCAUUUAUUUAUCUUUUUUAUAACAUUUGAGGCUAAGCUCUGGCGCGCUUCGGGCACCAGCAGUUUUGGCAUGCUACAAAUGAUAAUACAGGAUUUAGUUGAUUUCAAUCUUUGACUCAACUAGCGCUUAAGAGUAGCCUUAAACUAUAUAAAUAAAUAAAUAAAUAAAUGAGGAUUUAAGUACAACAAAAGAACAAUUGGCUAACUUGCAUAGCAAAAGUCCGCUAGCUUAAAUGCUAUGUAAUGCUAAUGUAUACCAGAUUGUUUCCAGUGCACACCACAUACUGACUUGGACUCAACUAGAUCCUGAACUUGGCCUCAAACGAUAUUGAAAAAUAAUAAUAAUAAAUGAGGAUCUAAGUACAACAAAAGAACAAUUGACUGACUUGCAUAGCAAAAGUCCACUAUCUUAAAGGCUAUAUCAUGCUGAUGUUGACCAGAUUGUUUCUGAUGAGCACUAGAAACAAUCUGGUGCGCACCACAUAUUAUCUGUUGUGCGCCAGAAACAAUCAGGUGCGCACCAGAUAGUUUCUAGUGCGCACCAGACACAAUCUGGUGGUGGUUGGUUUAAAUUUAUUUUAUUUCUGUCGAUGUCCUUUUAGGAGCUCCGUAGAUUAAUUUGAUAGUUAUUGUGGCUAUAAUUCACAGUUAAACACCUCCAAUAUGCAAUCCACUUGGUAUUAUGUUUAUCAUAAAAGUGAACAUUGACCAAGUAGCUCCAUCACUUGAAGACCUUUUAAUUGGAGGUGGCGCGUGAUAUGGUUUGUGGCAAACUGUGUCCAUCAAAAAGUCAUUCAAAAAAGAUUUCUAUUCAAUUGAAGGGAACCAAAUGAAGUGUCCGGUGAGUGUCCCAAGACUGCAAGGUUUGAGCGAAAUAUGUUUCAGUGUUAUUGUUUUCAUUUUCUAUCCAAAUUCCUUCUAUGUUUAUAGAGUUCUCAAGCAAUGACAGUUUAUGAAGCUCCGUUCAUUUCUAAUCAGAGUCGUCAAUACUUAAUUUAUUUUUGAUUUCUUUUUUUUUUUUUAAUGUAUCAAAAAGAAUUUUAUUUUUCUGAGUAAGUCGUUUUACACUUGUAUGUCAUGUAAAGUAUACUUUGUGUUGUCGUGUUUAGUGCAUUUGAAGUACAGUUUAUUCCCAUUUAGUUGAAUUAGUUAUUGCUGUAUGCAAAUAGUUCUAUUUUUGACAAUCCCAAAUGUUCUGUUUUGAAAUCAUCUUGUUUGGUGGUUUGAUUAAAUGAACAAAAAGUAGCCCUAUUGUGUGUCGUGUGUAUGUUAAGAAUGAAUGUAAAUGUAUAUUUUCAAUUGGGGGGGGUGGUCAUAACCAAGGGCGUAGAUUUGCAUAGGGACGGUAGGGACAUGACACUACCAACUUUUCAGGAUGCUACUUUCAUUAUGUUCUGGCUGACAUUUGCUCCUUUUUACUUGCUGAAUGUGCCAGUCCAUUUUUCCCCCUCAAACACACAUUUGAUAGGCUGAUGAUAUGACCCGUGCAAGAAGGAAGCCCUUGCUCCAAAAGCGGCACCUUAAGGCUCGACUGAAGUUUGCUGCUGAUCACAUGGACAAAGAUAAGACCUUCUGGAGGAAAGUUCUGUGGUCAGACGAAACAAAAAUCGAGCUGUUUGGCCACAAUGCACAGCAAUAUGUUUGGAGGAGAAAAGGUGAGGCCUUUAACCCCAAGUACACCAUGCCUACCGUCAAGCACAGUGGUGGUAGUAUUAUGCUGUGGGGCUGUUUUGCUUCCAAUGGAACUGGUGCUUUACAGAGAGUAAGUGGGAUAAUGAAGAAGGAGGAUUACCUUCAAAUUCUUCAAGAUAACCUAACGUCAUCAGCACGAAGAUUGGGUCUUGGGCGCAGUUGGGUGUUCCAACAGGACAAUGACCCCAAACACACAUCAAAAGUGGUAAUGGAAUGGCUAAAUCAGGCCAGAAUUAAGGUUUUCGAAUGGCCUUCCCAAAGUCCUGACUUAAACCCCAUUGAGAACUUUUGGACAAUGCUGAAGAAACAAGUCCAUGUCAGAAAGCCAUCAAAUUUAACUGAACUGCACCAAUUCUGUCAAGAGUGGUCAAAGAUUCAACCAGAAGCUUGCCAGAAGCUAUUGGAUGGCUACCAAAAGCACCUAAUUGAAGUGAAAAUGGCCAAGGGACAUGUUAUCAAAUAUUAGCGCUGCUGUAUGUAUAUUUUUGACCCAGCAGAUUUGAUCACUUUUUUCU